UCGUUAAUUUAGGUAUCUAUGAACUUAAAGGGUAAAUUAGUCAAUUCAUUACUCAUCAGUUGCCGAUAUAUCCGAGACAGAGAUCUGAACAUUGGCGAUAAGAUGAAAUAAAAAUGGUAGAUCCAGCGAUGGAAUUGCUUCCGCCACUCUCAUCUCCGACAAUAUCUUCGAUCUCCUCCUCUGAUCUCGACACCGAGUCAACUGGGUCCUUCUUCCAUGACCGGAGCACAAGCUUAGGUACUCUGAUGGGCGUCGCCACCACUUUCCCCACCAUCACAUUCAGAGUUCCCUCCCAGCGGCGUGACACCACACCCACUGUCACUCUCGGAUCGACGCCGAGUAAUGGUAAUGGUAAUGCCGUCGGGUUUGGUGGACGCAGGAGGAGGAAGAGUAAUGCGGUGGAUUUAGUGUCUGAACGGCGGCGGAAGAGGUUGAGGAGGAGGCGGUGGUGGUGGUUGUGCAGUGGUGAGGAUUUAAAGCCGUCGUCGCUUGGGGAAUUUCUGGAGGUGGAACGGAGGUUUGGGGAAGAGGCGUUGUUUGAUGGCGAAGCAGUGAUGAAUACGGAUGAGGAUAAUCGUGAUAGGGAUAACGAAGGAAUGUUAUUCGCUGAUGGUAGGGUUUUACCACCACCACAACCGCCGUCCUCUGAUGUCGAUGAAGGGCCGACCUCUGUUUGUUCUCUUUGUCGGUUUUCAGUUUCUCUCGCCGGAAUCUGCAGCGGCGGUGCUGGAUAAGAAGAUGAACCGUAGAUUUUGGUGAAAACCUGGAUGCCAUUUUCAUCCCCGAUGUAUGUAUUUAGGACACCAUUGUAGCAUCUGAAUCAAUCAAUAAAAUGACUGAUUGCUGAUUA